AUGUCUAAUUUUGAAGGAGUGGAGAUCUCAAUCAAAGUAGUGACAGACAAGGACAAAACAAGGGUUCUAUUUGUCGAGGGUGAUGGAAAUUUUGCGGAUAUAUUACUAAGUUUUUUAGUAAUGCCACUAGGAAGAGUCGUCAAAAUGCUGGCGAAUGACCAUGUGAAAGAGAAUAGGCCUACCAUAGGAUGCAUAGGCAAUAUAUACAAUAGCAUGAAGGCUCUUGAUUGCUCCUGUUUCUGUUCCAGACGUGUCAAAGAAUCUCUGACUGAUCCAUUGUCUUCUUUCGAUGAAGAGUGUGCUGGCCUGAAACUGGACAUAUGUGAUUAUCGUCCUUCGUAUUACUCUUGUCAUUCUAUUUGUAGUCUUAGCUUGAGGAAGUUAAGUGUCUACUGGGAUGAGCCGGUAUGUAAAUGCUAUAAGAAUAUGAAGUUGGGGGCAGGUGAAGAGCAAAUCCAAUCAGAUCGUCUUGGUAAAGUAUUCACUCUAGACGAUGCAACCUUCAUCGUAACCGAUGAUUUGCAUAUCAUGCCCAGUACAGGAACGGUCGCUGAAAUGGUCACCAUCCUAGGCUUUGGAAAACCAGAAGGCACUGCUAAACAGGAUGUGAAAUUAAAGCAUAAGGAUUUUGUAGACCUUUACAUUGCAUCUCUAAUUUCAGAGACACCACUGUCUGAAGUGAUUCUCAAGAAAACAGGGCAGGAAGUAAAGUUAGGUAAAAUUAUGCUACGAGCUAAGAAUACGGAAAGUGUACCCCAAGAGAGUGACAAAAAACAGAUGAUAUUGAAGAUGGUUAUUAACAAAUCAACAAAGAAGCUUUUGUUUGCGCGAGGGGAUAAGGCCAUAGUUGAUUUAUUGUUUAGUUUUCUCCCGAUCUCACUUGGAGGGGUGGAGAGAUUGCUAGCAGGAAAGCCUUUUAUUAAAAGUAUCGACCAUCUAUACAAGAGUGUCCACAAUGCUAGAAACAAGAAUUACUUCAAAAAUUCAGACAUCGAAAAGAGACUUAACCGGUCUUCGCUUGCGCAUGGAUAUCUACCCAAAAGCUAUGUCCUAAAUCUGGAUGAAGAAAAGUUGCCUUCUGACAUUGAGAAAUACUAUGUGUAUUAUCAAUUAUCUAAAAGUUUCUUCUAUGGCCAAGGGAAGUAUCUAAGGGGGCCUAAGACUUACAUGAUUUACGAUGAUCUCACCAUUGAACCCUUCUAUAUGGCAGACAUAUUUUGCAAUAAAGAGGAGGUUUCACCAUGCGAUUUGGAGGAAUUGAACCUAACGAUUGGCCCAGAAGAGGCUUUGAAUCUAUUGCAGGCUGCACUGACUACAAAACAUGCUUUGACCUCGGGGAUUCUGAAUCCCCAUCGUGACUUGGAUAUAUCAGUUCAUGAAUAG